AUGGUUCCGCAGAGCUUUCUCGCGUGGUCGACGCUGUGCGUCCACACGGUGGCAUUCUUCUUCCGGGUGUACCGGAUGUGGAGGAUCCUCACCAAGCACGACGACCAGAUGUGGCACACAGUGCGAGAGUAUCAGUUAUCGGAGAGGUUCGGCCGCCUCGACGCUCGUCGCAUGCGACAUCUCCUUUGUGCGUCCUACAUUUCCUUCUCUAUGCAACGGCACAGCGAUCAGAUCCUCUCCAUGUCAAGCCUGAGCCUGAUCCCCGUGGUGGCGGCGUGGGCCAUUCCCAACACAGGCGACUUCGACGAGGUGGAGAACGCAUGUUUCACUUUGUCUGUCUCCACCGUUGUCAUCCUCGGGAUGAACGGGCUCGGGUUUCUCAUGAUUUUCUACCUUUGGUUCGUGUGCGCCCGCCAGCUCAAGUGGGUCCGGAAGCAGUUUAACGAGUACGACUCGAUGAAGCGCACGCUGUUGUACAUGACCAUUACCCUGGCGAGCUACGGCGUGGUCGUCUUGUUUCUGCUGGCAGAUAACGUUACAGUGUCGCGGCGAGCGGCCCUCGGCUAUCCGGUGAUGACGACAUACAUCCUCCUGUGGGUAUCCAUUCGCGAGCCGUUCAUGAAGAAGAUUCUGGGAAAUGACGAGUACCUCGGGUCCUACACACACGGGUUUGCCCAGCUUCCUUCGCCGGCCCAGCUGAAGGCCAGCCUGGCAGAACAGCUUUCCGUGGAUCAGCUGCGGGACGAGUUCCGGCGGUACAUCAAGACCAAGGUGGCCCAGGAACUGAUAGACUUCAACCUGGACUCGCUAGACCGGGAAGAGAUGGCAGAUUUCUUCGAGAGACAGGCGGUCACCAUGCGCAUCGUGGACCAGUACAUCAGGGAGGGAUCAAUUGACCAGGUCAACGUAUCGGGAGCAUACUGGGAGAAGAUUCUCGCGACGGACGUGACUGCAAUCGACAUCUUCGACGAGGCGAGGGCGGAGGUCUUGGUGGUCAUGGAGAGACUUGUUGACGACGGCAGGAUUCCGCCGUAUCAUGGAUGCUUCCGAGAAGGAGCAGCGGAGCUGAGCCUCCUCCGUUCGGGGGGCAUGCUAUCUCUGGGGAGGCUGUCGACGCCCGGAUCACGCGUAUCGGCAAGGACUUCCCGUUCGUCCUCUCCGCACAACUCGACCGCCGCCGCCGCCGCCGUAACUGCUGUCCGCGAUGAGCUUCCGCCGCUUCGGUCCCCGUCGCUCCCCAUCCUCGUGACGGCCUUCAAGAGCCUCUCAUGCCCGAUGAGGAGCGCCAAGGCCGCCGCUUCCGAGUCGCGGGGCCGCGGGACGGCGAGGAGGAGCGUGGGCAAGUACAUCGGCAGGGCUGCGAGAGUCUCGGCCGAGGUCCUCGUGGCCGACGGCACCGACAGCGAGGAGCACCGGGAUGCUCGCCCCCGUCGGUCGGUCGCAGGGAAGAGGGCCGCCGUCGCCCUCGUCACUCGUGGGGGUGAUUUUGAGGAAGAGGGAAAGGAUGAGGAUACCGGGCUUGCCCUAGCGCGCAAGAUGGAGGCGGAUGCGUUGUCAGUAGCGGUGGCAGGGCGGCGCGUGGUCCUAGAGGAAACCAACGGUGCCGGUGUUGGUGGUGAAAGCACUGCGUAUUGGUACGAGGAAAUGGCGGAGCAGGCGGUGAAAAAUGACGAUGACUUCGGUUAG